UAAAGUGCGCUGUCCUGGGCAGUGGCAGACCGCAGACCCCCUUCUUCCUUAUCCCUUCGCUCCAUGUUUCAUUCCUUUCCUCCUCCAUCUAACUAGUUACCUGUCCCCGCCUUUCUUUUCCUCCUCCCCUCUCCUCUCCGCUCCUUCCUUCCUUCCUUCCUUAUAAAUAAACAACCUUCCCUCCUCCAUCCUUCCCAUCCCAACUGCGAUAUCUGAAUCGAUUAGCCUCCUUUUCUUCACCUUACAAUCCCUCCACCGACAUGUGCAAUUCCAAGAUCAAGUCUGCCCUCGCAAGGCAGGUGGCGGAGAUCGAAGGCCGUCCGGUCCUGCAGCCGCCCUCCAACCGCAUCGCCCCGCCGGAGGCUGCUCGGCCGCUGAAGAAGACCUUUCUGAAGUCCCUCUCUUUGCCCUCCUCCUUCACCAAAAAUGCAGCUCGGCCUGAUGCGGAUCACAUUGCUGCUGCGACUCCCACUAAGCUCUCGCCUCCGGUGUCCCCCAAGCCGAAGAAGCCCAAGGCUGCACCUCCGCGAGGCAGUGAGUCGAACGGGUUGAGUACGAGCGGCGAUAAGCUUGCGGUUGCGAAGCUUCCGCUCACCAAGUUAACGCGUCCGGUGAUAAAGCGGUCGAUGAGCUCCGUUGGAGCCGGCGAAUUCGUUGUGUCGCCGGAAUCGAUGUCCUUGCUUGGUUUUGACAGGGCGCCCGGUAGCAUCGCCGCGGCUCAGAGGGAGCACGCCGUGCUCGCUCAAGCGCAGCGCAAGAUGCGGAUUGCGCACUACGGGCGCACGCCGGCGAAGCUUGACGGAAAGGUGGUUCCUGUCGAUUCUUCCACGCCCAAUGAUGCCAACAGCCAAGAGGAGAAGAGAUGCAGUUUCAUCACAUCAAAUUCUGAUCCUGUGUACGUUGCAUACCAUGACGAGGAGUGGGGAGUGCCCCUCCAUGAUGACAAGAUGCUAUUUGAACUACUAGUACUGGCAGGAAUUCAAGUUGGUUUGGAUUGGACAACUAUAUUGAAGAAAAGGGAGGAAUUCAGGGCUGCUUUUGCAGAUUUCGACGCAGAGUUGGUGGCCAAGUUCACUGAGAGGCAAAUGGCUUCAGUUUGUGCAGCUUGUGGGUUAGAUAUAGGAAAGGUUAGAGAAAUAGUCGGCAACGGCAAGAGAAUUCUUGAGGUCAGGAGAGAGUUCCCAUCUCUGGACAAUUAUUUGUGGGGGUUCAUCAACCACAAGCCCCUCUCACCUAACUACAGGUCAUGCAGGAAAAUCCCAGUUAAGACAUCCAAAUCAGAGUCCAUUAGCAAAGACAUGGUACGCCGGGGGUUCCGGUUCGUUGGUCCGACCGUGAUCCAUUCCUUCAUGCAGGCUGCCGGUCUGACCAACGACCACCUAGUCUCAUGCCCCCGCCACCUUCAUUGCUCCUCCCUGACAACCACCACCAGCAUCACCACCAAUGCCAGCGACCACCAUGCUUCCACUCUAACUAUCACAUUGUAAAUUGAUUAGCUAAGUGUGAUUAGUACCCUCUGCUUAUUUGUAAUAGAGGAAUCUAGUGAGCUGUGACCACUUGUGUAACAUGGUUGUCAAGAGUGUGAUUGAGGUGUUCUUUC